UAAUUUUGAAAAAAAACUAAACAUGGGUCAAAAUCAGUCAGGUAGUGGAGGAGCAGGACAAGGUGAUAAGAAAGAGGAUAAGGAUAAGCGUAAGAAGUAUGAACCUCCAGUACCAACAAGAGUUGGUAAAAAACAGAAAAAACUUAAAGGUCCAGAGGCAGCGAAUAAAUUGCCCCAAGUUACUCCACACAAGAAUUGUCGCUUGAAGUUGUUGAAACUUGAGAGAAUUAAAGAUUUCUUGUUGAUGGAAGAUGAGUUCAUUCAAAAUCAGGAAAGACUGAAGCCACAAGAGGAGAAGAACGAGGAAGAAAGAUCAAAAGUAGAUGACCUCAGAGGAACCCCAAUGUCUGUUGGAACACUUGAAGAGAUUAUUGAUGAUAAUCAUGCUAUUGUUUCCACAUCAGUUGGCUCUGAACAUUAUGUCAAUAUCUUGUCAUUUGUUGAUAAAGAUCUUCUUGAACCUGGCUGUACAGUCCUACUUAAUCAUAAGGUCCAUGCAGUUAUUGGAGUUCUCUCAGAUGAUACUGAUCCUAUGGUGACAGUCAUGAAGCUUGAGAAGGCGCCACAAGAAUCCUACGCAGAUAUUGGCGGACUCGACAAACAGAUUAUGGAAAUCAAGGAGUCUGUUGAGCUUCCCCUAACACACCCAGAACUUUACGAAGAAAUGGGCAUUCGACCACCAAAAGGAGUGAUAUUAUAUGGUCCUCCUGGCACAGGAAAAACGCUGUUGGCAAAAGCUGUUGCAAACCAGACAUCAGCAACUUUCCUCAGGGUUGUUGGAUCUGAAUUAAUACAAAAAUACUUGGGUGAUGGACCGAAACUUGUCCGGGAACUUUUUCGAGUCGCCGAAGAACACGCGCCUUCAAUCGUAUUUAUCGACGAAAUUGACGCAAUUGGAACGAAACGAUACGAAUCCAAUUCAGGGGGGGAACGUGAAAUCCAGCGAACAAUGUUGGAAUUACUCAACCAGUUGGAUGGUUUCGACUCCAGGGGAGAUGUUAAGGUUAUAAUGGCGACAAAUCGAAUAGAAACACUUGAUCCGGCGUUAAUUCGACCCGGGCGGAUCGAUCGAAAAAUCGAGUUCCCGUUACCUGACGAAAAAACGAAACGACGUAUUUUUAACAUCCACACAAGUCGCAUGACGCUCGCUGACGAUGUCAAUCUCUCCGAGUAUAUAAUGGCUAAGGAUGAUCUCUCAGGCGCUGAUAUCAAAGCGAUAUGUACUGAAGCAGGUCUUCUUGCUCUGAGAGAGCGAAGAAUGAAGGUUGCGAACGAGGAUUUCCGGAAAUCGAAAGAAAACGUCUUGUAUCGAAAAUCAGAAGGAACGCCUGAAGGACUUUAUUUAUAAAUUUCUUUUCAUCAACUUUAGUUU